AUGAAGAGAACACUUCCGCUGCUAAAUAGUGAAUAUUUGCGCCCAAGCAAGUUUCUGAUUGUUUCGGCUACUUUAGAUAACGAAUCGGAUGAUUCACAAUCAUCUUGUGAUGAAGAAAUAGAAAAUGUUGAACGACAAUUUGAUUUCAACUCAACUAUUCAACAUUCGAAUAUCAAAAACAAAUCGUGUGAUCUUGUUAAAAUUUCCGAUUGUUGGUUUCAUGUUAUGAGGUUUCUAGAAGUGGACGAAAGUUUCGAAUUGUUAUUCCUCUGUAAAGAUUUAACAUCCAUGCUGCUUUCCAUAUUUCGUGAUGCAACCAAAUAUAUUUACGAAACCAAUUUACACAUGCAUGGGAUAUUUGAUAAGAUUAGAAAAUUCGAAACUAUUCACACAAGGCAUCCAGAUCUAUUUACUGAUCUUUCUACUUGGAAGCCAACCAUAUUUUUAAAUGAAACUGAUUGGGAGCAAGUAUCUCAUGUAGAUUUUGAUACCUACGCCACUAAUCUAGAAGAAUUCAAAUCUGGAAAUUUUCGUUUUGGAGUUAAACCAAUUUAUUUUCACAAAGAUGAAGAUGAUGAAGAGAAUGAAGUUGAAGCGACAGUAGAAGAAGAUGAAAUUAUAGAAAAUGAUGAGACAAUUGAAAUGGAAGAUGAAAAUGAGAUUAUUGACAAGAGAAUUCCAUUUGGUAUUCCACUUUGUGAAGGUUCAAUUGAUGAGCAAUUCUAUCUUUCACAAGAUACUAUUUAUUCUGAAGAAUAUAAAGGACUAGUUCAGAAAUAUUUAAAGUUGACAGAUGAACAAGUGCAUAAUUUGAAAUUAGAUGAAGAUUUCUUACUUUUCUAUGAUAAAAUUAAGAAUGAUCAAAGACAAAUUGAUUCAUAUAUUAAUGAUGUACAGAAAUCGGCAGUUUCCAAUGACGAGCAGACUUCAAUUUUAUUAGAAACUUAUCAAUGCAGUGAAUUUCGAAAGUUUGAAAUUUGCGUUCAUUUAGAUGACACUUUUAUGUAUCAUUCUAUUCGAGAUGGUAUCAAGAAUCUAUUUAGAAAAAGAGGAAUCAUUUAUUUUGAACCAAUUAUGAUUGAAAAUGCACUCUUUCUCUUACAGGAAUAUCUUCGAAAUUUAUUGAAAAUAGUUGUGGAGAACAAGUAUGGAGACAAUAAGGAUGUUCCUAUUCCAUACACUGAACACCCAAUGGAUUAUGAGCAUUUUUUAAGAAGUAAUGCAGAAAUUGGAGGAGACUUGGAAGAGGAUGAAGAAUUGAAAGUUUCGGAUAUAGAAAUUAUGGAUGCGUUGGAUAAUUCUAAAUUUUAUUAUGUCAUUGAGAAUAAAAGAUCAAGACCUGAAUCAGAUGUCCCUAGUGAUGUGGACGAUGAGGAAGUUUCUGAUAAUGAAAUGGAAUUCCUAUUAGAAUAUACAGAAAAUGAAAAUUCAGAUGAGGAGAAUGAUGAAUUUAUUAUUAUCAAUAAGGAAUCUAAUAUCGCUGAGGAGAAAGAUGGUGCAAAAAAGGAUGAAGAUUUUAUUGACGAUUCAGAAAUUGAAACUUUGGACGAAAGCAAAAUAUUGGAAGGUUCCCUAGAGGAUGAAUUAUUAAAGGUUUCCAUUAGAGUUCAUUCAGAACUUUAUGGAGAGGAACGAACGCUCUCAGAGAAACUCUAUUUAAAGAAUUGGUAUGGGCAUGGCUCAUUAUUCUUCAAUCAUACACAUUCGAAUAUUUCUCAAACAAAUGAAUGGAAAGAAAAUGAAAUUGAUUAUCAAACUUUGAGUGAAUCAGAACUGUUGGAAUUAAACAGAAAAGAAGACUUGGAAUAUUUUGGAAAAGAUUCACUUCAAUUAUUGGAAUCUAAAGACGAAAGUGAGGAACAUGCAAAUGAGGAAUUGAGUAAGGAAUACAAUUUAAGAAGAAUGCUAAGAGAGGAAUCCAUCAAGUGCAUUUUCAAUUAUUUCCAUUAA